AUGAGGAGCGGAAUUUUGAAUUACCUCAUCUUCGUUAUAGAAUUCCCAUUUCCCAUCUUUGCAAUGCAGAAUCAAGACGACUCAUCUCUGACAGAUCAGAAACUUUUAUCAAGGAAAAAACGUUACCUCAGCUUCCCUGAAGGGAGUAUUCUUCAGCUAGGCUACUGUCUGCAAGUCGCUGGAGUUAUUCGUCCAGAUUUGAUAUUUGGUUACACAAUUGGAACAAACUGGGAAUUACCAACUACCGAAAAUUUUGAUUUCCGGUUUUACAAAAAGAAAGCUGAAGUUGUUCAUCGCAGGCAUCGCAGAGAACUUUAUGCAAAGUUGGAGCCCAUACUGACCACAAUGGGUCUAGACGGCCGCCAGUGUGUCUUGCGUGCCCUAUGUGAGUCCGGCAGACGGAGACCUGAGAAAGGGACAUUUUUGCAAGAGAUUCUCUACUCUGUAUUCACAUUUCCUCCGAGCACGGAGCCGGAGUUUGAAGAAAGCUACCAGAUUUAUGACCGAGCGCAUCGUGAAACACACAACUGCUCCGCUUUGUUCCCUACCUGUCCAACCUCAUUGCUCGAACCUUCCACACUCACAUGA